UCAUGGCUUUAUUAUAUGUCUUUAUCAUUGUCACCUAUCCCUGCGACCUAUCACCCUAGGAUAAUAGUUUAUGAUCUAGGCCUUCUAAAUUUUCAACGCAGAGCACUCACCUAUCUUCAACAAAAAAAUUAUCUCACUCACUAUAGACUUUUUAAUUUUUUAAAAUUUCCUUCAUUUUGGAAUAUAUCAAUUUCUAAAGGUGAAUACGCGUGGAAACCUGCAAUAAUUGCUGAAAUUUUUCGGGAAUUCCCUGGCAUAGUUUUGUGGCUAGAUUCAGGAACCUUUGUAUCAUCUGAUUUUUUAAUGAAUGUUGAGAAGCUGGUUAAUGCCCAUGAUGGUUUUUUUUCUCCAAAAAGUAAUGGAAAUUUGUUGAAGUGGACACAUCCCGGCGUUUUUAAAUAUUUCAAUGAUUCAACAAAAAAAACAAAGUACGAGAAAUCAGUUAACUGUAAUGCUGCUGCAUUGUUAUUUGACACCGAACGUGUAUCCCACAUAAUAGAGGAAUGGGAAAAGUGCGCUCAUAUAAAAGAAUGCAUAGCACCAAAUGGCAGCAAUAGAACUAAUCAUAGGCAGGAUCAGGCUAUACUUACUUAUCUUAUGUUAAACAAUAAGAGGAGAUGUGGUGGUGACUUAAAAUCAUUUGGAAUGAGGACGCACAUGGAUGUAUAUUGCGCUCAGAUGAUAUGGGAAUACGAGGAGAUCUAUGGUGAAAUUUGGAGCCCAAGCGCUCAAGAUUUGAAAGAAAUAAGGGAAAUGAUAGAAAAUUCACCUGAGCUUAUUAUUUAUGAUAUUUGGACUAAAAGUGGUAAAGACGCAAAUUUAAAAGAAAUUCAAAAAAACGGGAAUUACUCUUUAAAGCUUGGGGAUGUUUUUCUAGAGGAAAAUGAUGGGAAGAGAAUAAAGAACAGUAAUCUAAAGGCAACCCCAAAAAAAAAGACAAAAAUAGUAAAAGCAAAACCAAAAAAAAACAACAAAAAUAGUAAAACAAAACCAAAAAAAACAAAAAUAGUAAAAGCAAAAACAAAAAAAAAAACAAAAAAUAAUACAUAG